AAAAUGGCAUCAUUAGGUAGUAAGCCAAAAGGAAUACUUAAAAAACCAUCGAUUAAUUUUCAACCAAAACAACCAAGAUUAACAUGGGAUGAAGAUAAUAUUCAAUUGACUGAGGGACAAAAAGAUUCCACAAUGAAAAUCACCGAACCGAAGACACCUUAUAUUCAUUAUAAUCAAGAAACUGAUGAAAUAAUGACAGAUCUUGAAAAAAUUCCAGGUUUAGCAUUAGUAACAAAUAGUUUAGGAUCAACAAGUUUAGGAGGAGGAGGAUCUAACAGUAUUUCACCUGUUGGAACACCCCUUUCCACUUCUCCUUCAUCUGCACAUUUUCCAGAUUCAGUUAAAGAUGAAUGGGAUUCUGAAACAGAGGAAGAUGAAGAAGCUAGAGAAAAACGUCGUAAAUUUGCACAACUUCGAGCUAAACAUUAUAAUAUGAAAGAGGCACUUAAAUUAGGACAUAAACUAGAAAGCGAGGAAGUGCUUACAGUUCGCUUGAAAGCCUGUAAGAUGAAAAGAGAUAUUAACUUAGAGGAGGAUAGAGAAGAAGAGAGGGGGAAAAAAGGCAAAAUAAUGAGGCGUGUUGAAGGCAAAAGAAAAAGAAAUGGAAUUAAGGUCGGUAGAAAUAUUCCAUAUAGUACCAGAUUAUGUCCUUGUAACGUUUAUUGUUAUUAUUCAAAAGAAAGUUAUUCUUAA